UCCUUCCUGCCUGCUCAUCCCUUCCAUUUCCUCCUAUAUUUUUGGUGCCGCAUAAUCCCUUCUUGUGUUGCUUUUUUUAAUUGUCCCUUGCUGUCCAAAAAAGAGUUGAAAGAAUUUGUCUUGCAUAGGGGAGCCACCAUAUCAUGUCUUCAUCUUCUUCAUCUUCUCACAUUACCUUAGGCCUAAACGCCCCCCCAACGAUGCAGCAGCGCCUCCAGUUCCUCCUCCAAAGCAGGCCUGAAUGGUGGGUAUACUCCAUUUUCUGGCAAGCUUCCAGGGACGCUCAUAAUCACCUUGUAUUAUUAUGGGGAGAUGGGUAUUUUCAGGGGACCAGUGUUUUUACAGGCAAAUCUGGAAACAAGCUAGGCCAAUCCAGAUUUCUGUCCAGUUUCGGGAACAUGGUGGAUGCCGAUGUCACUGACUUCGAGUGGUAUUACACCGCAUCGAUGACCCGAGAUUUUGCCAUCGGAGAUGGCGUUGUUGGGAAGACCUUUGCCUUAGGCUCCUACAUAUGGUUGAGUGGAGACCUGGGGCUGCAAUUGUACGAAUGUGACCGAGUUAAAGAAGCUCGAAUGCGAGGAAUUCAGACCUUAGUCUGCCUCUCGACUUCCUUCGGUGUAGUUGAAUUGGGAUCUUCGGAAAUUAUACAAGAGAACUGCGGCAUGCUGCAGCUUGCAAAAUCAAUUUUCGUUUCUGAGGUCCAAAGUGCAACUCAAAUUGCCCCUUAUUUUGAUAUUGGGAAGGUUUCAAGUGAUCAUAAGCAACAAAGUGAGACGAACAAAGAUACUAUGUAUUUAUUAGUCCGCUCGUCAUCGGACUCCGGUGCUGAUUCUGAAGGCAAUUUCGCCUCCGGGGCUGACGCGGAGUUCAACGUUCAGUUGAAGAAGAGAGGAAGGAAGCCAGGGAGUGGAAAACCAACCCCUUCAAACCACGUCGAAGCCGAAAGGCAGCGUCGCGAGAAGCUGAACCAUCGAUUCUAUGCACUUCGAUCCGUGGUUCCUACCGUGUCCAAGAUGGACAAAGCAUCUUUGCUUUCGGAUGCAGUAGCCUACAUCAAGGAGCUUCGAUCCAAGAUUGAAAAACUGGAGAUUAACCUGAAAGUUCAAUCCCCAAAAUCCGAGCUAAGCGCCAUUGACAAUACAAGGCAGACCUCAAAUAAUGGGCCAACGCUAAUGAAAGUCGACGUGAGGAUUGUAGGGUCAAAUGCCAUGAUUCGAGUUCAAUGUCCUGAUAUCAAUUUCCCAGCUGCAAGACUGAUGGGUGCUCUUAGAGCCCUAGAACUUCAGGUGCACCAUGCCAGCAUAUCAACUGUGAAUGAGCAAGUGCUUCAAGAUGUUAUUGUCAGAGUUCCUCCUGGAUUUAUAAACGAGGAGACAUUGAGGACUGCUAUAUUUCAGAGAUGUAGUUGAAUCAAUUAGCUGGUUCUUCAGUGAAGUUAUCAUAAUGCUACUUCAAUGUAACAUUACUAGUAAUUCUCUUAUCUUUCUUCACUUUUAAGUGAAUGCAUAUUUUUCUUGAGAGUUCCUAGCUAUUCUCUAGUAUGGUGAUCAGAAUCAGCUUUAU